AUGAAGCUGUCAACGUUCGUGACGUUACAUUCCCUAGGAACCCGCCCAAGUAAUCCUUAUCAGCCUAACGAACAUCAUUCUCGAUCUUAAAAAAGCAUGUAAACAGAGAAGCACGCUUUAGUCUCAGCGUUCUUGCGGAGAGAACAUCUUCGUUUGAUUCAGUUCCUCUAUCAUCUUCGUUAUGCUUUCUCUUUGGGCGUCAUCAUUUUAAUUAAUCAGUUUCAGUCGUUCAGGCUGAAUGAUCAGAAGCAGUUCGUCGAUCACUGAGUGGAACCCUUCAAGUGAGAACACACGUGAUGGAGUUACGCGAUCAUUUAAGCAGGAUAAAACCAAACGAAUCCAACGUGUUGCUGGAGUGGAAGUCGCUUUCGAUUCGAGUCGGCCGACGGAAGUUGUGGAGCAGAUCGGAACCAAAUUACAUUUUGAAGAAUGCUAGUGGGGCGAUUCGAUCCGGUGACCUCGUUGCCGUUAUGGGUGCAAGUGGAGCUGGAAAAACAACACUUCUGGCGGCAAUCUCGAUGCGUUUGGUAGCCGAAGUGCAUGGAAAUGUACUGAUCAAUGGGUUGUACGUGAGCCAAACGCAGAUGAAGCGUCUGUCGGGAUUUGUUCCACAGUUCGAAAUCGCUGUUCAAUCGUUAACAGUGCGGGAACAUCUGUCAUUUGUGUCACAGCUAAAGGGAGUUCAAAACCAUCGAAUGAAUCAAGUGAUCAAAGAACUGCAAUUGGACAAAUGUGAGGAUACGAGAAUCUCGAAUUUAUCCGGUGGAGAACGCAAGAAGGUAAAUCUUGCUGGAGAGCUAUUGACGGAGCCUGACAUAUUGUUCUGUGACGAGCCGACCACGGGCCUAGAUAGUUUCAGUGCGCUUGCCGUGUUGAAGACUCUGAGGAAAAUUGCACUCAAGGGCAGAAAAGCUGUGAUUUGUACCAUACAUCAUCCAACGUCAGAUGCAUUUCAGUGUUUUACCGACAUCGUGCUGGUACGGAAGGGUGAGAUUUAUUACCAGGGACCUACGGAGGAGGCUAGAACAUUUUUCGAAAGCAUACAUUUUCCGCUACCGAUUAAUUGCAAUCCCGCAGAUCACUACUUCAAAUUGGUCUGCGAUUACAGCCAAAUCGAUCAUGUGGAAAACGAUCAUCAUUUGCAGCAACAGCAAGCGCUAGAGCGAGAAACGGACAGCAAAACGAGAUACGAGAUCGUGCGCAAGUGCCAUAUGGAAAACAUUGGCAAAAAGUGCCUGAUGGGACCGUACCACCAAAAUGAUGUGAUUGAUAAGCUUUGUCGAGAUAAUCACCACGCAUGCUGGCCAUCGCAGCUCCAGCUACUGCUUCGCCGGGGCGUCAUCGACAGUGUCCGCAACAUUCGGCAGCACGUCAUUGUGACGCUCUUGUUUUUGAUCACUAGCAUUACCAUCUCGGCGCUUUACUUUCACGUUACGCCUACCAGCCAGACGGCCAUCCAAGACAUUCGGGGAGCGCUAUUCCUCAUGGUUUGCGAGCUAAUUUACACCAUCAGCUAUGCGGUGUUCUAUGUGUUCUCCUAUGAGAUGCCCUUGCUGAGGCGCGAAGUGGGCGAACAGAUGUAUCGACUUUCGGCCUAUUAUGUUCACAAGGCGCUGCUGACCGUUCCGAAGGCAAUCUUCCACUCGUACCUGUUCAUCGGUAUCAUCUACGGGUUUGUGCAGUUCUCGACCGGAUUUGCCACUUAUGUGGGCAUGGCUGCGGUCUGCACCGUGGCCAGUUUGCUGGGCGUUUCCUAUGGCUACCUAUUCACCUGCAUCACCGGCUCGCUGGAGAUGUCACUCGAAGCUGCCAAUCUCAUCUUCCUGCUGUACAACCUGCUGGGUGGUCUGUACUUAAACGUGGUAGCGUUCCCCGUCAGCAAGUACCUGUCGUUCUUCUUCUUCGCCUCGGAGGGUGUUUCCAUUUACUACUGGCAAGGCGUGCAAAACAUCACCUGCGACGAAGGCCGGAACGUUACCUGCCUGCGAAACGGGGAAGCUGUCCUGCAGGAUUAUGGCUACGGGACCAGCCUGGAUACGGUUUACUUUAACUAUCUCGUGAUGGCAGCCGAGAUUUUAGUCAUUCACUUUGCGGCCUAUCUGUGCUUGAGGAGAUUUGUCCGCCGCGUCGGGUUCUAUUGAUGUGCAGCAGCAAUCCGUUUUUGGGUUGCUUUGGAAGGAGAAUACAGUUUUGAGAAAUAGACAAUA